AACGUGUCACGUUGUGUUGCCAAUUUUUAGCUGCUAAAGGGAACGUCUUCAUCGCCGACGGUCAAAGAUGGCCUACCCUAAAUCCCACAACCCAUUUGCGGAUGAUGACGAUGAGGAAGAUUUUAAACCCAAAAGUAGGGGUUUCAAUGAUGAUUUCAGCGACAGCGGGUUGAGUGAAGCAGAGAGGAAGCAGCGCUACCUCCAGCAGGAAGUGAUGCGAACAGCUCAGUCUGCUGUGGACAGCAGUCAUCGUUCUCUUGGUCUCAUUUAUGAGUCAGAGAAGAUGGGCGUAGAAACUGGAGAGGAGCUGAUGCGACAGGGUGAGGUCCUGAAAAGGACGGACAAGAUGUUGGACAACAUGGAUCAGGACCUGAAGAUCAGCCAGAAGCAUAUUACCAGCAUCAAGAGUGUGUGGGGUGGCCUUGUCAAUUACUUCAAGGGCAAGCCAGAGGAAAAGCCGACUCCUGAGGAGCCAAAGGCUUACCAGGGGAAUGAUAGACUACAGAGUGCCUUGUCCAGCAGCAGAGAACAGGAAGAUAAGUACCAAGCCAGCCAUCCAAACCUGAGGCAUUUGAAUACUGAUGGAUUUGGGGCUUCUGCAUCGAUAGAUGACAGCUCAUCGCGGCAGAAUGGAUACCCUCAAAAUAGACACCUACGGGAAGCACACCAGACCCUCGACAAUAACUUAGAUGAGAUGUGCAGUGGCUUGAGCAGACUGAAGAACCUUGGAAUUGGCCUCCAGUCGGAGAUUGAAGCUCAGGACGACUCCAUUGAUGCUCUGCUGAAUAAAGUGGACAAGAUGGAUGUCAAGAUUAGCAACACGAACCAACAGAUUAAGAACCUCAAAUAAAAGCUAGCACUUGGGACUCAUUUUACAGUAACUGAACGCUUCAACAGGUCCUUCCCACUUUGCUCUACGUCCUGGCCUUUCUUGAAUAAACUUUGUAUAAACACGUACCGGUAACUGUCACAGAUAAGAAAGUGAACAUAUUCUGAAACUAAUCCUUUUCUUCCAAGAUGACUGACACUUUUCAUUUCAUAUCUUUUGAAUUUUUUUCCAUAAAUUCAAGUUUAUUUAGAAACUCCUCCAGCCACUUCACUGAUAUGUUACUUGUGUUUAGAAGGGAUGACUCUACACCAUGUGUGUAGGGAUGUAAGGGAUGAUUCUGUCACGCUCAAAUUAGUGUUUAUUUUCCACAUCUUGCCUCACUGAACCUCGGUCUGAAUGUAGUUAAUCACCAAAGAUUAACAAGUUAGUUCAUCAUUCAGGCUAAAUAGAGAAAUGGCUUUUUAGUCAAGAAAUUAUAAUUAAGUGGAUUUAUAAGAACACAGAAAAUGUCUUAAAUUACAAUGUUUGGUGUGUAUGAUUCAUGUCAGUGCUAACUGGAACGACUUGACCUGCCUCCACAUUAUGUACAAACACCUUGUAUGUCCAGCUCAGUUCACUUUUUGCCUUACAUAUUUAUAUAUUCGUGAGCGCUAGAAUAGCUUUUAGUCCCGUGCCAUGAUUCCUUCUCCACUGUUCCAUCUCCUCAUGAGAUGCUUUACUUUGUUUGAAAUAUUGAUUUCUUUGUUUGAAGUACGUUGUGCUGUUUCAGUGCUUUCUAUAGUGUUAUAUCGCUUGUUAAUAUAGAGAAACGUAUGGGAUGCUGCAGAUUGAAAUCAAGUGAAUUAUUGUACAACACAAAAAUGUGAAGAAGCUAGAUGUUAACAUAAAGUUAAUCUGAAGAAUAUCCCUUUUAUUAUUUACAAUAUAUCUCCACUAGGAUACAUGUGUACAUGAACCACUUUUAAGACUUUUCAAUUCAAUUAUAGGUUAAUCCAAUGAAACUGUUAAAAAUAGACAAAAUGUGGAUCAUAAUGUUUCUGAUUUUGCCAUUUAUCAUGCAUUCUUAUCAAAACCACAUACCCAAUAAAAGCAUCUGUAAGGG